AUGGCUGAGAUAGUUGGUACCGUUGUACUCGGUGUUAGCGUGAAUUUUGUACUGGAGAAGGCACUUGCCCUCGCCAAAGCCACGGAUUGCCAUAGAUUUUAUUUCCGUUGCAGAAUGGCACCUAAGUUUCAGGACAUCAUCAUCAAGUUGGAAGACAUCAAUAAACAAGCCAAUGAGUUCGCGUUGCAAUAUAGAAUGUCAGAACCGCACUUUUCUACUGCUGGUACCUCAGUCAAUAAUAAUCAUGAGACUGACUCUUUUGUUGCUCCAUAUGUUGUUGUAAGACCUGAUGAUGAUGAUGAUUGGAUAGUUUUGUGA